GUUUAACGAUAUAUGUUACAACAAUACAGAGGAGGUAGUCAACCACCUAGAUCAAAUCAGAUGUAAAAUUAUGUAUUAUAUGAUUUUAAAAUCUAGUCUCACUAAAACAAUUAGUAAAUGACUCCUUUUAAUAUGUUUUAAGAAUUUGAUUCUAUGUCUAACAAAAUGAUGCAACAUAUGGAUCGUUAAUUGGCUAAUUUAGGGUUUGGAUCAGUUUUUAGAGGAUUUGAUGAUCUAGAAAACGAAAUGAUGGAAUUCUCGAAUCUUCAUCGACAUAUGACAGGUUUAAACUAAAGAGAUGUUAACUAACAUUCCAAGGACGGAGUAUUCUAGGUAUACUCAUCUAGUUAUGUUUAAUCAUCUAAAAUGGGUCCAGAUGGUCGAGUUAUUUAAGAAAAAUAUUUUGAUAAUAAUGCUGUUGCUAGAGGAGUCAAUGGACAUACUGUAAAUAAUUAUAACUUAAAUUAGAUAAGUGAAAGAUAACAAGGAUAUAAAAAUAGUGAUGGAAUAGAUAGAUUUGGACAUGAAAGAAUGAUGAAUGAUAAAGGCAGAAAACAUGUAAGAGAAAGAGAUAGAACAGGUUAAAUCACUACUACCAACCAUUACUUGAAUAUGGAUGAAAAUCAAGUUGAAUAAUUUGAAAAUGAGUGGCUGGGAAUGGGAAGAAAUUUAGGAAUCAAUGGAUCAUCAGGAGGGUUCAGAGCAUUGUAGGGAUAACAAAAUAUGAGAGAUCUUAAUAAUCAUCCUUUCCCAAGAGAACAGAUAUCUUAUGAAACCCCUAGUUACCCUAGAAAAAGUAAUUUAUUUUAAUAGAAUAAAAUUAGAUGAUAUCUCACCUAUUAUGUUGGGAAAUAAUAAUAAUAGUUAUAAUAAUAAUAAUCCAGCUAGAUUGGCUUUACCCUAACAAUAAUAGCCAAUAACAAGAUCUGCAAUUUAACAACCUGGAAUACAAAGCAGAGUUCCACCCUAGUAACAACCUGUUAGGGCUUUACCUUAAAGAAAACAAGAGUUCACUGGAGUAUAUCAAAAUAAAGGUGCAAGAAAUCAACAUCCUUAAGCUGGAUGAAAAUAAUAUUUUUAUUC